CCGAGCCGAGCCGAGCCGAGCCGAGCCGGGCUGGCCGAGCCCCGGGCCGGAGGAAAAAAAGGCACCAUGCCUUCCGCGCCGCUGCCGCCCAAGGAGAGCAACCUCUUCAAGCGGAUCUUGAAAUGUUAUGAACAAAAACAGUACAAAAAUGGUCUCAAAUUCUGUAAAAUGAUUCUCUCUAAUCCAAAGUUUGCUGAACAUGGAGAGACUUUGGCCAUGAAAGGGCUGACGCUGAAUUGUUUAGGAAAAAAAGAAGACGCGUACGAAUUUGUUCGGAAAGGGCUACGCAACGAUGUCAAAAGUCAUGUUUGUUGGCAUGUUUACGGACUCUUGCAGCGCUCCGAUAAAAAGUACGACGAAGCGAUUAAGUGCUACCGAAAUGCCCUGAAGCUAGAUAAAGACAAUCUGCAAAUCCUCCGGGAUCUUUCCCUGCUGCAGAUCCAGAUGAGAGACCUCGAAGGAUACAGAGAAACCAGAUAUCAACUACUUCAGCUCCGGCCCACUCAGAGAGCAUCCUGGAUUGGCUAUGCCAUUGCAUAUCAUUUGUUAAAAGAUUACGACAUGGCCUUAAAAUUAUUAGAAGAAUUUAGGAAAACCCAACAGGUGCCCCCUAACAAAAUAGACUACGAAUAUAGUGAAUUAAUAUUGUACCAGAACCAAGUGAUGAGGGAAGCAGAUCUCUUUCAAGAAUCUCUGGACCAUAUAGAAACUUACGAAAGGCAAAUCUGCGAUAAACUCAUGAUAGACGAGAUUAAAGGUGAAAUGCUGCUGAAUUUGGGACGCCUGGAAGAAGCGGCUGAAAUAUAUCGGGAACUUAUUGAUCGGAAUGCAGAAUGUUGGAGUUACUACGAGGGCCUGGAAAAAGCUUUGCGGCCACACUCUUUAGAAGAGAGGCUAGAAUUGUAUGAAGAAAUAAGCAAGCGACAUCCACGGGCUGUUUCACCUCGAAGGCUACCUUUAAACUUCGUCACAGGUGAAAAAUUUAGAGAAUUGUUGGAUAAAUUCCUAAGGGUUAACUUCAGCAAAGGUUGCCCACCCCUGUUUACAACUUUGAAAUCUUUGUACUACAGUGCAGAAAAGAUUUCAACAAUCCAAGAGCUGGUAAUUAGUUACGAAGCUUCUUUGAAAACCUGUCACAUGUUUAGUCCAGAUGAAAACGGAGAGCAAGAACCGCCAACAACGCUGCUUUGGGUUCGUUAUUUCCUUGCGCAGCAUUUCGACAAGCUUGGCCAAUUUUCCUUGGCAUUGGAUUACAUCAACUCUGCUGUGACGAGUACUCCAACGUUAAUAGAGCUGUUCUAUUUGAAAGCCAAAAUUUAUAAGCAUGUAGGCAACCUCAAGGAAGCUGCCAGAUGGAUGGACGAGGCCCAGUCCUUGGAUACGGCAGACAGAUUCAUCAAUUCCAAGUGUGCAAAAUAUAUGCUGAGAGCAAAUCUGGUCAAGGAAGCCGAGGAGAUGUGUUCCAAGUUCACACGGGAAGGGACUUCUGCCACGGAGAAUCUCAAUGAAAUGCAGUGUAUGUGGUUUCAGACAGAAUGUGCCCUCGCUUUUCAAAGAUUAGGAAAAUACGGGGAAGCUUUGAAGCAGUGCCACGAAAUUGAGAGGCACUUCUUUGAGAUCACCGAUGACCAGUUUGACUUCCAUACCUAUUGUUUGAGGAAGAUGACCUUGCGUGCCUACGUCGAUCUCUUGAGGUUAGAAGACGUGCUACGAAAACACGCUUUUUAUUUCAAGGCGGCGCGAUCAGCCAUAGAAAUUUACUUGAAGCUGCACGACAACCCCUUGGCCAGCGAGAACAAAGAGCAGGAAGUGAACUCAGAAAACCUUUCUGCCAAAGAACUGAAGAAAAUGCUCAGCAAGCAGCGGCGGGCGCAGAAGAAAGCAAAACUGGAGGAGGAGAAGAAACACGCGGAACGAGAGCGGCAGCAGAAGAGUCAGAAGAAGAAACGAGACGAAGAAGAGGAGGAGACCAGCGGCCUGAAGGAAGAGUUAAUUCCUGAGAAACUGGAAAGGGUGGAAAAUCCCUUGGAGGAGGCGAUUAAAUUCCUUAUACCUCUGAAGAACCUCGCGGCCGACAACAUAGACACCCAUCUACUAGCCUUUGAAAUAUAUUUCAGGAAAGGAAAGUUCCUGCUAAUGUUGCAGUCCGUUAAAAGGGCUUUUGCUAUCGGUGAUAACAACCCCUGGCUACAUGAAUGUUUGAUUAAAUUUUCCAAGUGUGUGUCGAAUCACAGUAAUUUGCCAGAAAUCGUGAACAAGGUCCUUACGCAAGAAAUGGAGAAGAUUUUUAUUAGCAAAGAUUUGGAAAGUUUCAACGAAGAAUUUCUCAAACGUAAUUCUACCUCUGUACGGCACCUGCUCUCAGGUGCCAAAAUGAUGUAUUUCCUGGAUAAUUCAAGGCAAGAGAAAGCAAUCGCCAUUGCUACUAGACUCGACGAAGCCAUGAGAGACAGAAACGUGAAGAUUUUAACGACGGUUUUGGAUUUCUUGCGUGACGGCACCUUUGGCGAAUGCCACAGCCAGAGCGAGGCGUAUCGGACCGCGUGCCACAAAAUGUUCCCUUUAGCGACGGCCUUCAUGUCUCCAACCAGUGACGAGGACGGUUGCUUUGCCCCCAUGAAUCAUAUGGCCAUCAAUCAUGAAGUGCUGACCAAUGAGAUUUGAAACAGAAGGCGGGACUAGCUCCUGACAGUCCAGGGAUCGUCCGUGAUCUUCCGGCUGGAUCUCAUCGGAUCCCACUCAGCUGUCCAACCCGGGAAACUGGAGGCAAAUCUACUGUGCUGAAACUCCUUUUUUCCCUCAACAAGAGCUGCCAAUAUUAAUAUAAACAGCCUUUUUUUUUUUUUUUUGCAUAAUACUGGUUGUGUUUAUACUUUGUACAGCUAUAAAUCUUUCUAUUCUGAAUCGUCGACCCAUAAAUUCCAUUGAAUAUGCCAAUAAAUACGAUCACUUCUAUCAAAACGUGUUGGAUGGCUUUGCAAGGAAGGUGUCCAUCUGAGGAGAAUCUGAGAAGAGGCCGCCAUCUUGUCUGUGUCACCAUCCGUGGAAAGUCCUGCAUGUGGAAGUUAACAAACCAGGAUAAAUAUAGCCUCGACACAUAUUUUUCAUCGGUUUUAUGUUUCGGUGGUGUCCUUGGUGCUCCCUGAACUGGGUUUUUUUCUUGCAAGACAUUUCAUUGCCCAACUAGGUAACAAACACAGGGCAAAACCCCUCUCCCUUCUUGCAUUGAUGACGUUACCUAGUUGGGUCGUGAAACGUUCUGCAAGAAAACCACCAACCUCAGAGAGCAUCAAGGAUCCUUUCAUUUCAACCCUGAGCUACAAAUAUUAUUUUCCAUUUCUUUCAAAGCAUGGAUCGUGAUGGGUACUGGCAGAGUUUUGUCAGUUUCCUCGUAUUGUGUGGAAAUUCUGAUUUAUUGGAAAAGCGCUUUCGGAUUUAUAAAAUGGAGAAUGUGUUUUUUAAAGCUGUAAAUUAUUUUGGUUCGUAAUGAUUCUUUUCAACGAUCCAUUAAACAUUUAAUACCAUUAAGUUGCCAUUAUGACGAUUAAGUUACCUUUUUUAUUACUUAGGAAUUUUAAAAAAACAUUUCACUUCCAAAACAGAAGGGAGAGAAUUAACGGAGAAUGAGGUCGUAAUAAUAACGGUGAGCUACAUUAAAAUGUUUGAGAAAUGAAUCAGAAGCCAAUAGUCGGAAAAAAAAUAUUGUUGUAUUACAUGCUGUAAAGCUGUUAACGUUGAGUAAGGUUAUUUUUUUUUAAAAGCACAACUUCAUCUAAUUAUACAUUGCAUUUCAUCUUUUUUCCCCCGUUUAUUUUUUUAUAAGUUAACGUACCUGCACUUCACGUAUAACAUAUCAAUGUUUUGUUUCAGUUUUAAAUGUUUUUCCCCCCCUCUUCAGGAGAUAAAUAAAUAUUCCUGAAAAUGAAAUAAAUAUUCCUGAAAAGAAAAGUCACUGUGGCUUGUAUAAAAAGAAAAAAUCUUUUGUUUUGAAAAAAAAUAAUAAUGGAACCAGUUUGUUUUCAAUUUUUUUUUUUUUUUUUGAGUAAUGUAAAUAUUUAAAUGACGGAGGUCCUAUGCAAAAUUUAAAAAGGGAAGUUUUACCAAGAUGUCAUGAAGACAAUCUCCUUUGUCAUUUACUUAGGAUCGAUAGUUGAAUGAAAACUUUACUGUAAAGAGUUCAACAAUGUAAUGCUGUAAUAAAUUAUUUUGUACACUU